AUGUCUGAAAAACCAGUUACUUCUAUCCUUUACCCAAACGAUCUCUCACCUAUUCCUAAGCCUCCACCAGCUAGUCUCUCGAAGAGAUCCACUUUCGAUCUCUUCUCCCUCAAGGGAAAGAUUUGUGUCGUGACAGGCGCUGCUAGAGAGAGGGGUAUCGGAUAUGCCGCUGCUGAGGCUUAUUGCGAGGCUGGAGCUAAGGGUGUUGCCAUUUGGGACUACAAUGACCCUAGUGAAGCUGCCAAAAAGUUGUCCGAGAAACAUCAUACCGAUGUUAGGGCCUAUAAGGUCGAUGUGUCAACUGACAAGAGCGUUAAAGAAGCCAUCAACCAAGUUGUCAAGGACUUCGGCACUAUCGAUGUGUUUGUUGCUAAUGCUGGUGUUGUGUGGGAAACUGGUUCUAUAUUAAACCCCGAGAACGAUAAUGAUAAGGACUGGCAUCAUCUCAUGGACGUUGACUUGAAUGGUGUCUACUACUGUGCAAAGAAUGUUGGAAAGAUCUUCAAGAAGCAAAAAAGUGGUGCAAUGGUUAUCACUGCCUCCAUGUCUGGUUUGAUUGUGAACUUCCCUAACCUACAGACUCCAUACAACGUUGCCAAGGCUGCUUGUAUCCAUAUGACAAAGUCUUUGGCCGUCGAAUUUGCUCAAUUCGGUGCCAGAAUCAACUGUGUUUGCCCCGGCUACAUGGAUACUGGAUUGUCCGACUUUUUGGACAAGAAGAUUCUUGAUACUUGGUGCCAAAUGAUUCCUGCUGGUAGACAAGGUGUCAAUAAGGAGUUGGCAGGAGCUUACUUGUACUUAGCUACUGAUGCUGCUUCUUACACUAACGGCGCUGCUCUUGUUGUUGAUGGCGGCUACUGCUGCCCUUAA